GUGGCGAAUCUGCGGUAGGGAAAUGACAACGCUCUGUACCAGCCCGGAACCCACAUGUUUAGCUAACAGGAAAGCUCUAGACCCGAGGCAGCAGUGAGGUUUCUCUAAAAAGUCCUACGUAUACCUGCUUUUAAGGAAAUUAGUUUAUAUUAUUACGCCCGAGGACAUUUUUCAGAAUGUCUUCGUUCAGGAAAGCGUUGAAAUCGCGACAGAGAAACCACCAUGAAAGAUCUCAGCCUGGUUUCAGGAAACAUUUGGGAUUGCUGGAGAAGAAGAAAGACUACAAACUUCGUGCAGAUGAUUACCACAAGAAACAAAACACUCUUGCUGCUCUGCGAAAGAAAGCUCUGGAUAAGAACCCAGAUGAGUUUUACUACAACAUGAUCAACUCUCAGCUGCAGGAUGGAGUCCACGUGGCGAAAAAAAACAAUGAGGAGGUGGAGGUGACAGAGGAGCAGAAGAAAGUCAUGAGGACGCAGGAUAUCAAAUAUGUAGAGAUGAAAAGGGUUGCAGAGGCUAAGAAAAUUGAGAGGCUGAAAGGAGAGCUCCAUCUUCUGGAGGCAGACAGCAAACAAAAAAACAAGCAUACAUUCUUUGUGGAUUCCAAGACCGAAGUGCAGUCAUUUGAUCUGGCAAACCACCUCAACACAGCGCCUGAGCUGGUGGGCAGAGUGUUCAACAGGCCAACUCUGAAAACCCUGGAGACAAAAAGCAUCCAGGGAGCUGUAGAGCCUCGCAUGAUUAAGAAGUUGGCCAAGCAGAGGAAUCACCAGUAUAAGAUCCUUUCUCAGAGGAUUGACCGAGAAAAGAAAAUGUUUGUAAUAAGCCAGAAAAUUCAGACCCGCAAGGACCUACAGGAUAAGAACAAAAAAGUGAAGGUACAAAAGGAGACACCCAACGCUGCAGCUAUCUACAAAUUUGAGGCCAAGAGGAAGCGCUGAGAGGGGAGUAACCAUCUUGCUGAGAAGAAAUCGCCAACGUUGCCAAUCUGAAAUAAUGGACUCCUAGAUCAAACUAUAUGCAGACAUGGGAUAAUUUUUUUGUACAUAUUUAUCUACGACUUUUAGUUUCUUUCAAAAAUAAAUAUCAGAAGAACAUAA